AAGAACGGCAGGCAGGCCAACAGGAGGUUUCGUAGGGGGAUCCCUUCCCGGCGUAUAAAACCACCGGACCCCAAAGCUCUGCCUUCUGCUGCAUACACACUCUCGAGCCACCACCCGGAGGCGAAGCCGAUUCCGACUACGCGUCUCCUCCUGCGCCUGAGUCGUCGUUGGUGAUUAACUUGGGUGCUUCUUCUUUGAGGAAGGGAUCUACCGCCGCCGCAGUCUUCUUCACGUCCGCAUCCGUCGGGAUCUGUAUUGAGCUUUCAAUAAGAAGGAAACACUUUAGGGAAUGCAGAAAGAUGUGCUUGCAUGUUAGAGAGCUACCUUGUGAGGGAAUAGGCAGGGUAGCCGCCCAUAUUUCUUCUUUGGGAGCUCUUGAUGACAUUGGAGCACAAGAAUAUACACAGCUCUUGCUCCUUGUGCUUUCGCACAAUGGGGCUCGACGUGGCAGCUCAGCCAUCAUCUUAGACCACCAUCUUGGAGGAGACGGUUGAAGUCUUCUAACACUUGCAGGCUCCUUAGCCCGUUUCAAGUCUUUGGGUCGGUGCUUUCUGUGUCCAUAGUACACAUCCAGGACAAUGACGGAGCAAAAAGGAAAUGUUUUGAUGCAAAAGUACGAGAUUGGAAAAUUACUUGGGCAAGGGACCUUUGCCAAGGUUUACCAUGCUAGAAACACUAAGACUUCAGAAAGUGUGGCCAUCAAGGUGAUUGACAAAGAGAAGGUUAUGAAACUUGGUCUCAUGGAUCAGAUCAAACGAGAAAUUUCUGUAAUGAAGUUGGUGACGCAUCCAAAUAUUGUGCAGUUAUAUGAGGUUAUGGCUACCAAAACUAGGAUAUACUUUGUGUUGGAGCAUGUGAGAGGUGGGGAACUGUUCAACAAAGUAAAGCGAGGAAGGCUCAAGGAAGAUGCUGCUCGAAAGUACUUUCAACAGCUAAUUUCUGCUGUGGACUUUUGCCAUAGCAGGGGUGUCUAUCACCGUGAUUUGAAGCCAGAAAAUCUUCUUCUUGAUGAGAACAGCAACUUGAAGGUUUCAGAUUUCGGUCUAAGUGCACUUGCUGAAUGCAAAAGGCAAGACGGCCUGCUCCACACAACCUGUGGCACACCUGCUUAUGUUGCUCCAGAAGUGAUCAAUAGAAAAGGUUAUGAAGGUGCAAAGGCUGACAUAUGGUCUUGUGGGGUGAUACUAUUUGUGUUGUUGGCUGGGUAUCUCCCAUUUCAUGAUAAAAACUUGAUGGAUAUGUACAAGAAGAUUGGGAAAGCAGAGUUUAAAUGUCCGAGUUGGUUUUCUACAGAUGUCCGAAGGCUUUUGGUAAGGAUUCUUGAUCCUAACCCAAGUACAAGGAUCUCGAUGGAAAAAAUCAUGGAGAAUCCAUGGUUUAGGAAGGGUCUAGAUGCAAAGCUACUCAGGCAUAAUUUACCAAAAGCAAAGGAUGCCCCUCCUGUGGACAUGAAUACAGAUUUUGAUUCCACGAGUACCACCGCGGCAACAGAGAGCAAGCAACAAGAAGCAAGGAAGCCCACCAACAUGAAUGCGUUUGAUAUUAUUUCUCUAUCGUCUGGCUUAGACCUCUCAGGUAUGUUUGAGACUGAGAAAAAGAGGGAGUCCAAAUUCACAUCCAUCAGCACAACCUCGACAAUACUAUCGAAGAUCGAGGAUAUUGCAAAGAGCUUGCGAUUGAAGCUCACAAAGAAGGAUGGUGGUUUGUUGAAGAUGGAAGGUUCCAAGCUCGGAAGGAAAGGGGUGAUGGGUAUUGACGCUGAGAUUUUCGAGGUUACCCCGACCUUCCAUCUUGUGGAGUUAAAGAAGACAAAUGGUGAUACCCUGGAGUACCAAAAGGUCUUGAACCAAGAGAUGAGGCCAGCGCUAAAGGACAUAGUAUGGGCUUGGCAAGGUGAGCAACCCUAGCAGCAACAGCAGCAGCUCUGUUAAAACUGUGACAACAUUUUGUAAUUCGAGACAAUUUCCGAUCAUUCAUGUAUUUAUGUAGUUUUUACUUGUUCGUUGUUGUUUUUGUUCCCCUUGCAUUAAUAAUAUAAACUUCUGUGUUAUGUUAUUUUCCAA